AUGAGUGCCAAUCCCGACGUCGAGAAAGCGACAACAUCGGAGUUCGGAGAAGCGCACACCGAACGCAACCAUGACGCAUCGUACGCAUCAAUAAGGGUGCCAUCAAGAACAACGUCACAACAUGAAGAGGAGCAGAUCACAAGGAUACCAACGCAAACGUCUCAUAUAUCUCGUACCAGGAAGUCAGUUAUCGGGCUGGCAAAGACUAUCACCGCUCGUUCAAAUGCAUCCGUCAUCGACCCUGGACCACCGCCCGAUGGAGGCACCAAAGCUUGGGUGCAGGCAUUCAUGGGUCAUUUCGUAAUCUUCAACACGUGGGGAAUGAUUGCGACAUUCGGCGUCUUUCAACAGCACUACACCCUUGACUUAGGCCUUGAGCCAUCAGCUGUAUCUUGGAUCGGAAGCUUCCAGAUGCUAGGUCACUUCUCACUGGGCAUGUUGACUGGUCGAUUGUUCGAUGCGGGAUACUUUUACUGGUCCGUGAUACCCGGAAUGCUCAUUUCCUGCCUAGGCAUGUUCAUGACCAGUCUGUGUACGAAGUAUUGGCAAUUCUUCCUUGCACAGGGUGUGAUGAACGGAAUUGGAAACGGCAUGCAGUUUGCUCCCGUUCUGGGGCUCGUCAGCACCUACUUUGCGAAAAACCGAAGUGUGGCGCUAGCGAUCAUGGCUUCUGGCAGCGCAACGGGCGGACUGGUAUAUCCGACGAUUGCACGACAACUACUUCCCAAAAUCGGGUUUCCAUGGACAGUCAGGGUGAUGGGAUUCAUGAUGUUGGCUAUGGGGACAUGCUACUGCUCACUGCUGAAACCACGGCUACCUCCGAGAAAGUCUGGACCGGUGCUUGAACUAAAUGCGUUCAGAGAGUUGCCGUACAGCGUGUUCCUGAUCGGAGUCUUCCUUAUCGCUCUGGGACAGUACUUCGCCUUCUAUUACAUCUCAUCGUUCGCGGUCGAUAUUCUCGACCUACCAUACGGUACCUCCAUCAAUGUCCUCCUGGUACUAAACGGCGUGGGCGUUCUCGGUCGCCUCGUACCCUCUUACUUCGCUGACAAGUACACCGGGCCGUACAACAUUCUCAUACCCUUUUGCUUCGUUUCGGCUUUUGUUCUGUACUUUUGGCCUCUCGUCAACAGCGAAUCUAGCCUAUAUGCUUGGGCAGUGUGCUACGGUUUCUUCGUUGCGGGCUUUCAGGGUAUCUUCCCGGCCGCAAUGACUACGCUGACGAAGGAUAUGAGCAAAGUAGGCACAAGAAAUGGCCAAGGCCUUGCGAUUGUGGGGCUGGGUACUUUCAUCGGGCCGCCAAUCGCAGGAGCGCUGAUACAAAGCAAUGGAGGAGGUUAUCUAAGUGCGCAGAUAUUCGCAGGCACUGCAGUGUUGCUUGGAAGUUGCAUUUUGGUCGUAGGGCGAUGGAGUAUCACAGGAUUGAAUUUGAAAGUACGAGUAUAG